AAUGCAGUCAUACCAUUUUUCGCAUUCAAUAUUGAUAGCGGAUGGUAUAAAAGCCGAAAGAAAAUCCACACUUUUCAAUUUACUUUCUCGUCGCAGAAUAAGUAACAAUACAUCAACAUGUUCAACAAGUUCUUCUUAGUUGCCUUCCUGGCUGCCUGCACUUAUGUUGCUGCCGAAGAAUGCGAUUACUACGCAGAGAUGCAAUGGUUGACCGAACAUCGCGACAACGAAGGCGGUAUUCAAACUUGCAUCGACAACAGCGAUAAGAAAGAUGACGUUGAAUUGACUUCCACCAACAAUGAAAUGGUGACAUUGGCCACAGCCAUUGACAACAAAUGGGAUGCUGAAUGUCGCGACACUCCUUGUUCCGCUGAUGUUGCAAAGGGCUUGUACGAAGAAUCAAAGAAAGUUAAUGAAGAACUUAAGAAAAUGCAGGCUAUUCUUCCGGAAUGUGACAGCAUCAAGAAAAUCAUCGACCAAAUCGAUGCAGCUGAAAAAUUAUGCGGUUAAUUUGCUUUCUUCUUCAAUUGUUCUUAUCACAUACGAUAAAUAAUAAUAAACAAUUAUUCUCGCAUGAA